AACAGCAGGAUACCUGAGAGUGAAGAAGAGCGCACAGGUACGUGGCACCAUGGAUCAGCAGAAAAAAAACCCUACAACUGUGUUUCUGCCAAAGAGAGACCUUCCUAACAUUGCGACUAAUAUGUCCCAGAGAAGCUAUCGCCUACAACUCAACAGCAUAUUAAGGGUUGUUUAUGUUGUUGGGACCAAGCUAAAGAUUAACCUGGACAGUUGUGCACCGUUGGAGAGCAAGUUAUACUCAGUAAAAUGCACCCCCAACGUGCAGUGCAAGGUUUUGUCUCAGGUCCAGGCUGGAACCUCACUCUUCUCUCCACAGCCACUUGGCAGAAACACUGUGCUUCUGGAAGAGGCCAGCUUGCAGCCCAAUGACAGCAAGCUAUCCGUAAGGUUCUAUGGAGAAAAGUCAGACCUUCUUGGAAAUGCUGUGCUUCAUCUCACAGCUGUCGAGAUCUCCUUAGAUGUGGAUGCAGACCGAGAUGGUGUGGUGGAGAAGAACAAUCCAAACAAGGCUUCAUGGAAGUGGGGUCCUAAAGGACACGGUGCCAUUCUCCUGGUCAACUGUGACACUGAGUCUUUAAUUUACAAGAAAGUGGACCAUGAGAAUGAGGAGUUAACCAAGGUCUCAGAUUUAAAGGACAUGUCCAAGAUGAUCUUGCGCACCAGUGGCCCACCUGUGCUUCCAGAUGGCUAUAAGCUGUGCUUGCACAUUUCUCAGACUGAUGCUGAGAGUGUGAGGAUCUUCAGGGCCACGUCCUCCAAGCAGGCAGAGUCCUCUCUGAAACAUAUAUUCCUUGGCUUGUUCCAGAAGCAAUAUCCUUUAGUGCUGAACAAACGCCAACUGGCGAAUGAAGUUCCCUACCCAGGUGGCAAGUCUGAGCUGAUGUUCUAUGUAGAGGGCAUCCGCUUUCCGGAUAAAGAUUUCGAUGGGCUACUUACCAUCAACAUUAGUCUUUUGGAGCCUGUUGCUGAGGGGUUUCCAGAGACUCCAGUUUUCACUGACAAGGUCAUGUUCCGUGUUGCUCCUUGGAUUAUGACACCCAACACCCUCAAGCCUUUGGAAGUCUACGCCUGCAGCACAAAGGAUAACCACGAGUUUCUGAAGGGCAUGAAUCAAGUGGUGCAGAAGAGUGGACUGAAACUGAAAAUAUGCUACGAGUACAUGAACCGAGGAGAUCGCUGGAUGCAGGAUGAGCUCGAGUUCGGCUAUAUUGAUUCUCCUCACCAAAGUUUUCCUGUGGUCCUGGACUCUCCACGAAAUGGAGACCUUAGGGAUUUCCCCUAUAAUGUCUUAUUGGGUCCAGACUUUGGCUAUGUGACCCGCCUCGCAUCAAGAGAAGAGGUGAACAGCUUGGACUCAUUCGGUAACCUGGAGGUAAGCCCCCCUGUCACCGUGAACGGGAAGAACUACCCACUGGGCCGGAUCAUCAUUGGCGUGGCCUUUCCUACCACCGAGUAUGGUCGCAAUAUGACCAAAGUGGUACAGGACUUCCUGUGGGCUCAGAAGGUUCAGGAGCCCAUUGCUCUCUACUCGGAUUGGCUCGUGGUGGGUCAUGUGGAUGAGUUCAUGACUUUUGUUCCAGCUCCUGACAGAAAGGGAUUCAGGUUGCUGCUGGCCAGCCCUGACGCAGCUUAUAAAGUCUUCAGGAAAUUGCAGAAAAAGGGUCAUGGAAAUGCUAAGAUGUUUCCAGGGACACAAGAUGAGGUCAGUGUUGAUAAGAUCUUGAAAGACGUGGGGCUCCAAGCGCAAAACAAUUAUGUUCAGGGCUGUAUUGACUGGAACAGAGAUGUUCUAAAGAAAGAGCUUGCACUAGAUGAUGAAGACAUCAUCGAUGUCCCAGUCCUUUUUACAGUAAUGCAUAAAGAGAAGAGAGCUGUGGCCUUUUACCCUGACAUGGUGAACAUGAUAGUACUCGGGAAAAACCUUGGCAUUCCAAAACCUUUUGGGCCGAAGGUGGAUGGUAAAUGUGCCCUAGAGACUGAGAUGUGCUCUCUCCUCGAGCCGCUCGGCCUGAACUGCAGCUUCAUUGAUGACUUUGCAUCCUACCACAAGCUUCUGGGUGAAGUUCAUUGCGGCUCCAAUGUGCGCAGAGAACCUUUCGCCUUUAAAUGGUGGAACCUCGAGCUGUGAGAAAAUACAGCACAACAGUAGGGUUGCUAACGUGAGUAGAGUACCAAGAACUUUUUAUUUCAUGAAUACAAUGUAUUUCCUAAACAAAGUAACAUUAUUCCUCAUUAUGUUCAUUAUUAUUCAUUGAUGGCUUAGAGCACUAAACUGAAUCAAUAUCAGUCGUUUGUCACUAUGAGAUCAGAGCAUGGGUUACUAUGGGUUACCUGUUACUAUUUGAAUGAAAUAACCUUUUCGUCAAGGAAACCGUGUAAAAUUUAAAUAAUUGUAUGAUUUCUUCUAUGAUUUUAGUGUGUUAAUAAGGACUAAUUUAAAAAAUGUAUAAUUUGGUUUGAUAAAUAGGAGAAAUAAACAGUUCUUGGAGGGAAACCUGAAUGUUUUGACAUUACUGUAUACAUAUUGCCUAAAGAAACCUUAUGCCAUUUCCAGAACAAUCUAAUGUAGCAGUUUAACAGGUCCUUCACUCUACUUUAAAUUGUGCAAUGCAAUUGAAACUAAAUUUACCAACUGUACACGAAGUAACACUUUGUUCCUGGGAAAUUGUUGUUUUGUACUUAUUUCCUUAGUACUACCAUUAGUGCCUUAUUAACGAGACAAUUUUUCUGAAACCUUUGUGUUGUUUUACUUAAUGUAAACUACAGUGUAACCCAGGACCUUUUUACACUGUACAAAAUAAAACCAUUUUAAACAUUGUCAUGA